ACGUCACAUCGUGCCGCGCCACCGGGCUUGUUUCGGUUUCUCUUUUCUAGAAAACAGAGCACUUGUUGAAACCCGACUGACCUGCGGAGCUACAAAUGCCUGUCUGAGGGGGAAAAGUCCACUUUCUCAGCCAGAAUACAGAGGUCCUCCUCAGUCAGGAUGGCAACUGAAGGGCGCACGGUCAAAGUGAGUGGUCUCCCAGUGCACAUGUCUGAAAAUCGGCUGGUAGACAAAAUCCACAUCCACUUCCUGCGCAAGAAGAAUGGCGGUGGAGAGAUCAGCUCUGUGACUGUUUCUAAAAGCACACCUGGAACAGCCUUCAUCACAUUUGAGGAGAACAAGGUUGCCCUAAGACUGGCAGAGAAAGGAAAGCAGGUUUUUAAGGUGAAUGACAAAAGCUAUGAUGUCAAGAUCAGUCUCCACCAUAAAGAAGUGGAUCCAGAUGAGGUCCUAUUGUAUAUGUCUCUGACUGUGGACCACAAUAAGCUCCCUGAAGGAAAAAGAAGCCUCUUGUCUCUGCAUGAAACUUUUCCAGACAUCCGUCUGACUUUUGACCCCCAAACAGACCUUUGCACUCUGAGUGGUUCCUAUACUAAAGUUCAGUCACUUAGCAGCCUAAUCCUAGGAUCACUGGAAUCACAGAAACAGAAUUCUGGAGGUGGAAUCCCAUCAAAGAAAAAGAGCCAAGAAAAGCACAGCUUACCCCCAGAGAAGACAGAUAACAACCCUCUAGGGGCAAACAUAGCAGCUGGAGGGGCAAAGUAUGCUCCACACACUGACAAGUUGGAUCUAGAAAUGGAGAGCACAGUCUGGAAAACAGGUGGGGAGCUGUAUGAUUAUUCAUCCAACAUCCAGCAAGCAUCACAUGAAGAUUUUAUGGAAGACAAAUGGGACUUAGAGCCAGAUGAUGGGACCUCUUUUGAAGACUUUUCCCUGGCUGUUGACUCAGACAUCUUCCUUUACCUCCAUAAGUACUGCAACAAGGAGUACCAAAGCAUCCUCAGGCGGCACAGGGUGGAAGUACUUGAUGUGACCUGCGAAGACAUCACCACCUUGUACCUGAAGCCAAAAAAAACACUCUCGGAGCGUGGCAUGAGCUCUGUUGGAAAGGCCCACCAAGACCUAGCAAAUCUGUACCAGGAGAAAGGGUCCCAGUUACGCAGAGAGAAUAUAUCUAAGAGUGGCAUCCCUGUGGAACACCUUGAGCAUGCCUUGGAAAGCCUUAAGGAGAGGCUACCAAAGCUGAUGAUAGACGAAGAUAAAGGGAAUGUUUAUUUGGUAGGAAGUAAAAGUGACGUGUCUGAGGCCAAGCAGUUUAUAGUCGAUGUGAAAGGGAUUCGGAUGGAUAAAGACAUCAACUCAGACCAUCCGUUUACUCCUUUUCAGCCCACUUUUUUAGCUCACCAAGGGGGUUCCUUAUCAUUAGAACAACCAGCAGAGCAGUCAGGCCUCUUUCAGCCAACUGGGGGCAAGUUUCAGGGUUCAGAUGACUUAUUCAAUCCAAGGAAGGACUACCAAAAGACAAGCAAUGAAGAGAUUCAUGCCUCUACUGAGAUUAAGCCUACAUCUGGUGAAGUGAAGCGUUUUGAUGAUCACACACACUCUGGCCUCGUUACCUUACAAACUCAAACUAAGGCAGUGAUGGAUGAAGAUAUAUUUCUUGCCAGAAGAAAUUAUGACACUUCAGAGGAGAAACCCCUCCAAAAAAUGGAAUGUGGUGGUUGGUAUGACAAGGAUAAGUAUGUAGAUUCUCUGUUUCUCCCUCCCAAGUCUUCUUCUAUAUUUUCCUCCUCUGAUGUGAACAAGAGACCAUUGGACAACCCGCACUUUAUUUCAGAGGAAACUAAACUUAAAGGGCAUCCAGACACUACCUCAAAUGGCUUAGAGAAGCAACACAAGUCAGGUAAAGGGCAUAAGACCAAACGAGCUGAGUCAGGGAGAGAGCUGAAAAUGGCUGCUAAUUUUAGCAAAGGGGCGUCAGUUGGCGUUACGGAGUCUGCUUGGAACUCAAAAGAUGCUGAAAACCAAAAAACAGCACCCAAACUGGAAGAGGUUGUGUCUGUAAAUGAAAAGUCUCCUGAUAGUAAACACCCACACUCCCUUCCCUUUAUCAAGCCAUCAAUGAAUAGUAAUCUGAAACCAAACACCAUGUCUGGUAAUACAGUUGCAAAGGGCAGUGUUCUGAGCAAGAUGGAUGCUCAGAUACUUAAAGCUGACCUGAAGAAACCUGGACAAUUUCCUUCCAACUUGACUGAGAAGAAGCCAAUAGUGAUGCCAGCUUAUUCAAUUGAUUCUCACAGUUUCUCCUUAGGUCACAUGGAUCUAUGUGGAGACAUAGGAAUCAAUAAGAAUCCCACAGUGCCUUCAGGAUCCACUCGGAAAAGAUCCAAUAGCUUCUCUGGCAAAGUCAGAAAAAGCAAAGAUGAACCAGCAGCUGUAGACCUGUUUGGUGGGCAAAAGGAAAGAAGCCAAGGUUCACAGACAAAAGAAGUUACCACUGUGGAUAUCCGUGUGUCCAUAAGAUUGUGGCUCUAUCUUAAGUCAGUAUAUACUACUGAAAUUGACAAUUUAACAUCUGAUCUACAAAUUAAAGAAACAUAUGAUAAGGAGGAUGUCAUUUUGUGUCUGAGGGGUGCAGACCCAGAAAAGGUGAAUAAAUGCCACCGUGAUUUGAAGAGUCUCAUUGGCACAGUUGAAAUGGACUUUGAUACAAGAACACUACCCCUAUCCAUACUUGGAUUGUCAGACCCUAAGGACAAGACCUUGGCAGAGUUCUGUUCAGUAAUGAAACAACUCCAUGAGAAGGUUAAGACUGUAGUCAUGUCCAGGUCUGUAAUGAUCCUGGGACCUGUGUCAGCAUGUCAGGAAGUGGAGGCAACUAUGAUGGAGGUUUUUCAUACAGGGGUCAGUGAUGCAAAGGCACAGAUGGAGAGUUGGGAGCCUCAUAAGCCAAGCAGUCAUGAAGUAAGGACAACUAACAGCGAUGCCAAUCAUCCAACACCAACAGGUGAAAAUGCACAAACUGUCAGCAAGAAUUAUCUACCUAAAAUAUCGGGUCAAAGUAGCAAUGAGAAAUCAAAUAAUGUUCCCCGAUUACUGGAAGAUAGAACCAGAGACACAACACUGGAUGCAGUCAACAAAGACAACCAAGAGCAAGACAAUUAUAACAAGAUGGAAGGAGAGCAAGGGACAGAGGAAAGGACGCAAGGCUUAGACAAGAAGGGCCGUACUUUGAAGGUACAGCUAGGAGAGGAUUGGACUAUGAAUAAGGGGAGUGUAAAAGCUGACAACGUCAUCAACUCAGGUUCAGAAGAUGAAGCAAAUGGCACAGCUGAUGGAGACCACAGAACCACAACCACUUUGUGGAAGUACUCUGAUCAAGAAGGUCACUCUCAGAUGAAAGGAACCCUUAUCAAACAGGUGCACCUAGGUGGUUCUGUGGACCAAAUGGAUGUUCCACAACCACUGAAAGUCACGAGCACUGCUUUGCCAUCCUAUGUGAGUGAAAAUCAAGGCUUCCCUUUAUCCUGCGUGUGUGGUGCUCAGAGCAGCACUGUUAAUCGAACUGCAUGUGGCAUGAACCUCUGCUCUCAGUGCCUUAAAGAAACUCAUGCCAGCUGCAAGCUCUGCCCAGCAGAAACUAAACAGGACACCCGGGGUAUCAAAGGUACCAUGUCUGUUCGAGAAUCAACCAUCACAAUUCCUGGAUUCAUCAGAGACACAACACUAAAGAUUGUCUAUGAGAUACCUGAUGGUAUUCAAGGGGAGGGUCAUCCCUGCCCUGGGGCACCUUUUAAAGGGGACAGGUUUGAAGCCUACUUACCCACUUAACGGAGAUACUAAAAGACUGGUGCCUCUUCUGGAGAAAGCUUUUCAGAAAGGCCUCACCUUCACCGUGAAAGCCACAUUUUCAGAAGACCAAGAGAAGGAGUGGGGUGGAGAAGGACGAGUUGUUUGGGGCAGUAUUCCUCACAAAACCAGGAUAGACGGUGGCGCUUCUAAACAUCACAGUGAACCCUGUUAGCACACUGCUAACCUCAGUUCACCUGACAAAGUACCUGCAGAAGUGCUUCUUAGUGAGUACAUAUGCAUGCUAAAGUAGUGAUUACUGAACAGUUGUGAACUUGUGGGUUGCUGACUACAUGCUCCUGUGAGACAUGAAAAAAUAACUAAAAUCACUAAUUUAUUCAUUCAUUAGCAUAUUAAUUGCACUUUUGAUGAAAACAGGUUAUUGUUUACAAGUUUUUGCUAAUCCUGUUGAACAACCUGUAUACUAUUUAAAUAAUCUUAAGAACAUCCAUCAAAAAGCUUGUUUAAAUGCUUGAAAAUCUUCUUUAAGACAAAUAUUAGUGGUUGAGGUGUAUUUAUGUAUUAAUUUAUUUUUUUUUAUCUGUUGUUCUAAUUGCCCACACAAGCAGUUUAUUCUCAGCCAGAACAGUGUGAGAACACAGCCGUUGUGCUAAUUUUCUAGUUGUUAAUAAAUAGUCGGUUAGUAAUUGUAGCGUUAAUAAAAUCAUAAAAUUAUGGUAACAAGUUUACUAACCUACGAAAUCAUGCUAAUCUUCUAGUUGAUGAUAAAUAAUAAAUUAGUAAUUGAGUGGUAAUAAUAGUAAUAAUAAUAAUAAAAAUAAUGUUACCCAAUUUUAAAUACCCAUUAAUAAAACGUUAAUUUUCCAGCUGAUACAAAAUAUUUUUACGUAUAUAGGUAUAAGGUGUCCAGCAUAAUAUCUGCUUAAUCAAAACAUCACCCCGAUUCUUUUGAACCAUUGUAGGGUUUUAUGAUAUUAGAGUUAUUACUCCAAACAUAGUGAAGUUGUCCUGUUGAAAUCAUGUGAUAUUAAUACUUCUACUAUUGUUUCUUACCUGUUAUGUAUUUAAAUGUGAUGUACAGACAGUUACAGGCUGUAAUUACAGUGAAACUAGAUGUAGUCAGAGCUGUAAAAUGCAAACCUACUUGUUUCUCAGUUACUGCAGUUCACACCAGGUGAUAACGUCAGUUUUUCAGAAUAACGUGGCAAACUGCCCUGAAAUUAUGACUGCAGUUAUAUUAUGAGAAUUACUUUAUUAUAGUCACCCAUGGUUAUUCUAUUACUUUUAUAUCACACCCACUUACAGACAGUGCAGUUAACCAGGAACAGACGAGGUAGAUAUUUUGACAUUAUACAGAAUCAACAUCACAUCCCCCUUUUGUGUUACCAGUAAACAGAAUACUGUUACUUUAUUAUAAAGCACAGAUCUGGCAAAGAAGAAACUCACAACCCCACCAGAUAUAUCUUUCUACAGCAUGUUCAUCUUUCUUUAACUUAACUUUCAGUAAAUGUAGAAAAUUGCAUGUCGCGUUUCAGCUUGUUACCACUAUUUUACUAUUAUUAUUACCAACUUGUUGCCAUUUCAGUUAUUGUUUACACCAGCUUAUUAUUAACAACUUGAAAAUUAGUGUGUAAUUUUUUGCUAAAUGCAACCAUAGAUACAUACCAUACAUACCUAGAUGCUGCGUGGUCCGUUGUUCUCUAUGUGAGGCGAUACGUCUGCGCGUCCACCAUGUUGGAGAGGUCAAGAUCCACUUGUGAACAAAUUCACUUGUAUUGAGAGACGAUGAGUCUCAGGAUUAAAUCAGCCACAACUUCCUUAUUACUCAACUGAUUUUCACCAAAUCUGUUUUGUUUAUAAUCCUCAGACACAGAUUAAUCUAGGCUGCACGGUCUGCUCUCGGUAGAUUUUAUUUCUUUAUUAACUGAUCGUGCUAAUUAGCCGUCCGGACCAGCAGGAAAGUAUUUUAGUCUGCACCUGACGUUAAAAACUGAGUUUAGC